GCCGCAAAGCUCCACCGUCGCCCCCUCCUCGCUGUGCAUCCCCGCACCGCCCGCAGCCCGUUCCGCCGCCGCCGCCCUGCACGCCCGAAGUGCGCCCACCGCCCUGGAGGGGGCAGGGGGCCCCGCCGCCGUCAUGUUGCCAGUCGUCUACGCGGUUCUGGCGGGGUUGUUGAUGCUCCCGCUGUUGGUGAACCUGUGCUGCCCUUACUUCUUCCAGGACUUGCGCUACUUCCUGCGGGUAGCCGGCGUGGCCCGGCGGGCGCGCAGCAACGGGCAGCGCCGGCCGGUGCGCACCAUCCUCCUCGCCUUUCUGGAGAAAGUGCAGCAGACUCCACACAAGCCUUUCGUGCUCUUCCGGGACGAGACGCUCACCUACGCGCAGGUGGACCGACGCAGCAACCAAGUGGCUCGGGCGCUGCGCGACCACCUCGGCCUGCGCCAGGGAGACUGCGUGGCAAUCUUCAUGAGCAACGAACCAGCUUACGUAUGGCUGUGGCUGGGACUGAUGAAGCUGGGCUGUGCCAUGGCGUGCCUCAACUGCAACAUCCGCGGGAAGUCCCUGUUGCACUGCUUUCAGUGCUCUGGGGCGAAGGUUCUACUGGUCUCCCCAGAACUACAAGCCGCUGUUGAAGAGGUGCUGCCAAGCUUGAAGAAAGAUGAUGUGGCUGUCUAUUAUGUGAGCAGAACUUCUAACACAGAUGGGGUCAACUCUUUCUUAGACAAAGUGGAUGAAGUGUCAAGUGAACCUGUCCCAGAAUCCUGGAGGUCGGAAGUUACCUUUUUCACCCCUGCCUUAUAUAUUUAUACUUCUGGAACCACAGGUCUCCCGAAAGCUGCAAAGAUCAAUCAUCAUCGCAUUUGGUACGGAAUUGGCCUUGCUCUUGCCUGCGAGAUUACAGAGAAUGAUGUAAUCUAUACCCCCUUACCCCUGUACCACAGUGCUGCGCUUUUGAUUGGCUUACAUGGGUGUAUCGUGACUGGUGCUACUCUUGUUCUGCGGACCAAAUUUUCAGCCAGCCAGUUUUGGGAUGACUGCAGAAAAUAUAACAUCACUGUCAUUCAGUAUAUUGGUGAACUGCUUCGAUAUUUAUGCAACUGUCCUCAGAAACCAAACGAUCGUGACCACAAAGUCAGACUGGCGCUAGGAAACGGCUUACGAGCAGAUGUGUGGAAAGAAUUCAUCAGGAGAUUUGGGGAUAUUAACAUUAAUGAGUUCUAUGCUUCCACUGAAGGCAAUAUUGGAUUUAUGAAUUACACGAGAAAAAUUGGUGCUGUUGGAAGAGUAAACUACCUACAGAGAAAAGUCAUAAAUUAUGAGCUGAUUAAAUAUGACGUAGAGAAAGACGAACCUGUUCGAGAUGGAAAUGGAUACUGCAUCAAGGUUCCCAAAGGUGAACCUGGACUCCUGGUUUGCAAAAUCACACAGUUCACACCAUUUAAUGGCUAUGCCGGAGGAAAGAGUCAGACAGAGAAGAAAAAACUGAGAGAUGUCUUUAAGAAAGGAGACCUGUAUUUCAACAGUGGAGAUCUCUUAAUGAUCGACCACGAAAAUUUUAUCUACUUCCACGACAGAGUUGGAGACACAUUCCGGUGGAAAGGGGAAAAUGUGGCCACCACUGAAGUCGCUGACACAGUAGGACUGGUUGAUUUUGUCGAAGAAGUGAAUGUUUAUGGUGUGUCUGUGCCAGGUCAUGAGGGUCGAAUUGGCAUGGCCUCGAUCAAGAUAAAGGCAGACCAUGAAUUUGAUGGACGGAAACUAUUUAAGCACGUGGUCGAUUACCUGCCUAGUUAUGCAAGGCCGCGGUUUCUAAGAAUACAGGACACCAUUGAGAUCACUGGAACUUUUAAACACCGAAAAGUGACCCUCGUGGAAGAGGGCUUUAACCCUGCAGUUAUCAAAGAUGCCUUGUAUUUCUUAGACGACAAAGCAGAAAUGUAUGUGCCUAUGACUGAGGACAUUUAUAAUGCAAUUAGUGAUAAAAUUCUGAAACUCUGAAUAUUACCAGCAGGAUAACUCAAUGUAUUUCCAAAAAGAAACUGAAUGGAUCUAGUACAGCCAACUGUUGAUAUAAUCCAACUUUAAUUUGACUGAAGAUUGUACGGUGCAUUUUUUUUUUUUUUAUGUAUAGCAGUAAGGGAAGACUUUUUAAAAUUACACCUGAACCUUUGUAAGUGAAAUGUUUUAGAUAUAAUUAUUUUUCAAUUUGCACCUACUGUUUGUAUUACAAACUAAGCUUGUUAGAGGGAGGAUGUUAUUUUUUUUAAUAUACAAUAAAAUAGAUGAACACCAAGA